AUGUUGCGCGCGCCCGCCUAUCUAUCUGUCUUGGCGCUGCAUCAUCCCGAUGCGGCCUCGGCAGCCUUCGAGGCGCCGGUCGCGCCCAACCAGUCGCUGCACGACGUAACAAGGAGACGCCGCACACCUGCCUUCAGAUUGCCGUACCGUCAGGCCACCCGAAGCGCCCUCGGUAUGGUCUUCGAGGCGCCGGCAACUUCUGUCCAGUCACCGUGCACCGUGGCGAGGGGACACUUCACGCCCACCUAUCUUUCUGGGCCCAGACACGCCCUUGACGGGGCUCACGCAGACACUGCCCGCAGCUGA